UUCUGUUAGCUUGAUGGCUUAUAAUGUUUUCUACACUAGUGUUCCUGUUCUAGUCAGUGUCCUAGACAAAGAUCUUAGUGAAGAAACAGUGAUGCAGCAUCCACAAAUUUUGUUUUAUUGUCAAGCAGGAAGACUUCUGAAUCCUAGCACAUUCGCUGGAUGGUUUAGAAGAUCUCUUUUUCAUGCAAUUGUUGUAUUUGUAAUCAGCAUACAUGCCUAUGAUAAUGAAAAAAGUGAAAUGGAGGAGAUCUCAUUGGUUGCUCUCUCUGGAUGUAUUUGGUUGCAGGCUUUUGUUAUGAUAUUAGAAACAAAGUAAGUUUCUUUCUAUUAAGCAUGCUUUG